AUGCCCCUUUGGGCAACAUGCAGUAUUUGCAUGGACUAUUUGGAUAAUAGUUGUGACGUGGCAGCGAUUUGUUGCGGGCACACUUUCCAUCAGAAGUGCAUCAUGCAGUGGUUUUGCACUAGCCCCAAAGUAUCGUGCCCACGAUGCAGAAAGGAGCUGAAAAGCAGCAAAUGUUUUCUCGAAAAGUUGUAUUUUGAUGUGGGAGAGCAGGAUGGUCCUGCUCUUGACCCAGAAUCUUUAAAGAGGGAAGUCGACCAACUGACUUCCCAACUGCAGGAACAACAGCAGCGCAUUGAAGAACAGCAGAUGGAAUUGAAAGCGAACAUGGAGGAGCUUGAGAGAUAUAGAAGGGAGAUUCAAUCUGGAAAGGACAUAGAGACGCUGCUGGAAUCGCAGACAGUGGAGGUACAGAUGGUGGUGACACAAAUGGGGACAGGACCGGAGGCAUUUUUAGACCUAGCUUCGUACAGCCUAGCUAUAACGAAAGAUUACAACGAUUUGAAAGCGGAUCACAAGGCCUCUGAGGAGAUGAUUGAACAUCUAAAAUCAGAAUUAAACAUCUCUAAUGAAAGGGCUCAGAGCGUUGUAAUCGAGUAUGAAAAGUUACGAGAAGAGCAGAAUACCACCUGGAAUACUCUUAUUACUAUCCAAAAAGAGCUGGCUGUCAACAGGAAUGAUGUAAAAAAUGCAGAGGAAGUUAUUGUGAGCGUAGGAAAGGAAGCAGAGCCGUUGCAGGAACCAUUCAUCUCCCAACCACCAUCAGAAGGGGCCAUAAAUUGCCUUUUUUAUAAUAACCUCGCACCACCUAGACUUCAGAGAUCCAUCCUCUGCCUCGCAGAUGACAUCUUGCGUAAGACCGUUACCCCACCAACAACAACCAACGCCGCUACUAGACCUGAAGAAUCUGAGAGGCUUCUCUUCUUUGGACUGCGGCAACCAAAGCUUGGCUCCCCUGGUUAG